UAACAUGGAGAGUGACUUGUUCUGUAGCCAGUCUUAAGUGGCCUGCAGUUUUUGUCACUUCUGUACAGGCUUCAAAGGUUACAGCUCUGUUUGCAUAAACACAGUAACCGGAUUUGGUCUUUUAUUUUGAAAGUACCAUGCCUUGUCAGGUGACCAGUCACCCGCUUUCUUGUGUCAUGUGACUUAUUCAUGUAAACAUGGCGUCCAGGCCCAACAUGACCAUUGUUGUUGGACCUUUUUCAAAGGGUUUAAAUGUUUUGUUGGGUUUGUGUUUAACGUGUGUGUGUGUUGGAGCUGAAAUACGAAGCGCUGUCAUCGACAAACAAACCGGACAACUCUCUGUUGUCGACGGAUACAGAGAUGAUUUUGUGGCUUGGGCGAACUUCACUGAUGACAUUAAAACAUCAGGCUGGUCUUUCUUGGAGGUUACUACAAGCAGUCAGUACAAUGACAGUAUUCAGGCGUAUGCUGCUGGUGCAGUGGAGGCUGCACUCACAUCUCAGCUUAUCUAUAAGCACUGGAUGAACACUCUGAUGGGAUACUGUGGGCCCUUCACGUCUCAAUCUGAUUAUUGCAAACGCCUCAAGGAUUUCAUCACAAUCAAUCUGCAGUGGAUUCAGGAGCAAAUAGAGAAGCAGCCGACUUCACCGUACUGGUACCAGGUGCGUCUUGCACUGCUGCAGCUCAAAGGACUGGAGGACAGCUACAAUGACGAGCUGUCAUUACCACUAGGGUCAUUCUCCUUCAACCCAUUUGGCUUCAUACUUUUCCAGUUGGGCGGGGAUCUGGAGGACUUGGAAUCAGCUCUGAACAAAUCCAGUCAAACUCGACCUCUUGGAUCCGGCUCCUGUUCUGCUCUCAUUAAGCUGCUGCCAAACAAUAAGGAACUGCUGGUGUCACAUGACACCUGGAACGUCUACCAGGCCAUGCUGCGCAUUAUGAAGAAAUACAUCUUUGCCUUUAAAGUUUCUCCUGCAGGCAAUGACCCUAUUCCUGGAGGGACUCAGGCUUUCUCAUCUUAUCCUGGGACGAUUUUUUCUGGAGAUGACUUUUAUAUUCUGAGUAGCGGCUUGGUUACCUUGGAAACCACCAUUGGCAACAGUAACCCUGCUCUCUGGAAGUUUGUUCAGCCCAAAGGAAGUGUCUUGGAAUGGCUGAGGAACAUUGUGGCCAAUCGACUGGCUGCUACUGGCAAGGAGUGGGCCGACAUAUUCAGCAAGUACAACAGUGGAACGUAUAACAAUCAGUGGAUGAUCGUGGACUAUAAACACUUCACUCCAGGGAAGACUGACAUUAAAGAGCAGCUCUUUGUUGUACUGGAGCAGAUCCCGGGACUCAUUGUUUACAAUGAUAAAACUCAGGAACUGCUGGAGAAAGGGUACUGGGCAAGUUACAACAUACCGUACUAUGUGGACAUAUUCAAUGCCAGUGGCUGCAAUGAGCUGGUUGAGAAGUUUGGCCCAUGGUUCUCUCUGGACCAGAAUCCUCGGGCUCAGAUAUUCAGGAGGAACCAGACAGCUGUCACAGAUGUGGACUCAAUGGUCCGCCUCAUGAGGUAUAAUAACUUUAAAGAGGACCCGUUAUCAAAGUGUGAAGGCUGUGAUCCACCUGAGAAUGGAGAGAAUGCUAUCUCAGCCCGGUCAGACCUGAACCCAGCUAAUGGAACGUAUCCAUUUGGUGCCUUAAGACAGAGACCACAUGGAGGAACAGACAUGAAGAUGACCUCCUACGGGAUGUUUCGUGACUAUGGUAUGAUUGCAGUGAACGGGCCUACAUGGGAUCAAGUGCCACCUUUCCAGUGGAGCACUUCCCCUUACAAAGACCUGAUGCACAUGGGUCACCCUGACACUUGGACAUUCAAGCCUAUAAAAGUCUCUUGGACUCCUUAAUUAUAAUUAUACUGUAUAUACAAGUGGCAUGAUACAUAUAAAUGCUGCCAGCUGUGCUGUUUGAGGUUUUGACAAAAGGGAAUGAUAUGUUAAUUCAGUGUGACGUGACUUUUAUGUACACAAUGGUCAUGUUAUUGAUUCUCAGGAGAAUGGCAAUAAUUUUGGAAAUAUUUCAGUAUUGCACUAUUAAUUAAAGCACAGGAAGUUAAAGAGAGCUUUGAAUGUGAGCCAGUAUGAUCAAAAAUGUAACCACGUUGCUCUCGUAAAGUGGGACCUUCUACGCAAGCUUUUAUCUGAUUGCCAUGUUUUAUUUUUAAGAUUUUUAUUUCUUAUUCUAAAUGUGUGAAAUCGACCACUUGUUUUAAUUCUGAUUACUAAUUGAUUAAUUAGAGUUGUUUCUGUGCAAUUAUUGAUCAAGAUGCAGAUCUUCUGUCAUGGUGAGAACAAAUGUGUUGAUCAUAGGUUAGAUUAUUUUUGAGAAAUUCUGAUACGCAUUGCAUGAAUUAUUUUUGAAACAUUUUCUAAAUAAACAGUGCUCUGAUCAU